GAGGAGCCCCACGCUUCAUGCUCUUUUUUUUUCUCUGUUUCAUGUGUGAUGAAGGAUCUCGAUGGGGCUCCAGGAGGAGGAGGAGAAGUGUGCAUCAAGUGGAUCUGGAGUUGACAACAGAUCAACAUGCAGAGGCAGAAGCAGAGAGAUCCGAGCAUGACAAGACCUGAGCGGUGCGAGGAGCAGGAUGAUUCCCCGGCACGAUUAUGGAUGUAACACGCUGCUUCCAUAACUUUUUACUCAUCACAUCUCUGUUUGUGAUUCACAGUGUAUGUCCUGAGAGUCUGCCCCCAGCAGAGGGCCUGUGCUCUCCCAACCCGUGCCAGAACAGGGCGAUCUGCAGACUCCGCGGGGACGGCUACUCGUGUUUCUGUGUGCCGGGGUUUCAGGGCGCUCACUGUCAGAUCGACGUGAACGAGUGUGUGUCACAGCCCUGCAGGAGCGGAGCCACCUGUGUGGACAGAGUGGGCUCGUUCUCCUGUCUGUGUCCUCAGGGCUUCGCUGGGCCCACUUGUGAGCUGGAGAUUGAUGAGUGUCAAUCACAGCCAUGUUUCAACGGCGGCAGCUGCCAUGACUACGUCGGUGGCUUCACUUGCACCUGCCUGCCCGGUUUCCAAGGACAACAGUGUGAAAUAAACACUGACGAGUGCCAGGAGCAGCCAUGCCAAAACGGGGCUCUGUGUGUGGACGGGGUGAAUGAUUUCAGCUGUGACUGCUCGCACACUGCCUUCACUGGCAGGCUCUGUGAGACUCCUCUCCCACCAUGCCUCUCUGAGCCCUGCUUCAACAGCGCCAUCUGUGAGGAGAGCCAGGGUAACUACACCUGUGAAUGCUGGCCAGGGUUCGAGGGGCGUCAGUGUGAAAUCGACAUCAGUGAGUGUGACAGCGCCCCCUGCAUGCAUGGAGGCCGCUGCAUUGAGAGGUCGUGGCAGGCUCUGUACGACAGCGAGCCUCUGCUGCCUGAACGUUAUGACCCGGAGCACGCUGCAGGAUACGUCUGCAGCUGUCCUCCAGAAACUACAGGUUCCCUCUGCGAGGAGCUGAUAAACCACUGUGACCCCGGUCCCUGCCAGAAUGGCGGCAGGUGUGAGAGCCACACUCAAGGCUACGUUUGCCACUGCCUCUCCCAGCGUCACGAUGGCGCCCUGUACGGAGGCGUGAACUGUGAUGUGAAACUGGUUGGCUGUGAGGGACACGAAUGUCAGAACCACGGCUCCUGCUCUCCUUUCUUAUUGGACGGGACUCACGGGUACACCUGCUCCUGCUCGCCUGGGUACACCGGACCCCUCUGUAAGACCCCCACCACCUUCUCCUUUGAACGCAGAGGCUACCUCCUGCUGCAGAGCCCCCUGGUGGACGCCGAGGUGUCCUGCAAUAUCACCCUCAGCUUUAAGACUGUUCUACCCAGAGCUGUGUUGUUCCAGAGGAACAGCAGGGGGCUCCUGCUGAAGCUGGAGCUCGAUGAAGGGCAGCUUCAGCUCACACUGAGGAAGGAGGCCUCUGCAGAGGGCCCGGUCCAGGUCCUGGAGCUUCCUCAUAACGUCACAGAUGGAGAGUGGCAUUCUGUAGAAGCCGUACUCACAAACUGGGUGCUUGCUCUGAAACUCUUGGAUGGUUCAGGGAGCUGUGGGAGCCAGUCGUGCCACAGGCAGGCCCCGGUCCAAAGCACCCUGGCCGGGCUGGCGUCACCACCUCAGAACACUUUCAUUGGAGGAGUGCUUCAGGACUCAGAUGGCCCCAGUGAGGACGCUCCACUCCCAGCCUUCAUUGGCUGCAUGCGUGAUGUGUUUGUGGACUGGCAGCUGGUUGUCCCCGAGGAGUGGCUGAGCGACUCUGCUGUUAAUGUGUCCCCGGGCUGCAGCCACAGGGACCGCUGCCUGGAUGUGCCUUGCCAAAACAGAGGAGAGUGUGUCAACCUGUGGCAGAGCUACCAGUGCCGAUGUCCAAGGCCUUAUGAGGGGCAGGACUGUGAGGAGGAGCAUGUGACGGCACGCUUUGGGAACGAGGACUCUCAAAGUUACGCAGCCUUCACCAUCACCGACGACCUCGGCCACGACCUCUCCGUCUCCCUCUUCGUGCGCACGAGGAGGCACAACGGACUCCUCCUGGCGCUCGCCAACAGCAGCAGCCAGUACCUGCUCAUGUGGCUGGAGGACGGCAGGGUCACCGUCCAGCUUGAUAACUUUGAGAACCUGAAGGCGGAGGCUGCGAUUGAUGAUGGGGAAGUCCACUUUGUGAGGGUGGAGAUGGAGGAGGACCGUAUCACUCUGUACGUAGCAGAUGUGAAACAGGGGGAUGUAGAAGGCAGGACGGUGAAGGUGCGAGCAGGAGAUAGGGUGUAUGUGGGGGGUCUGUUGGAGAGCAGGACCACUUCAGUGUUUGGGGGAUACUUUAAAGGCUGCAUACAGGACCUGAGGAUCAACGGCAGGAGGCUGCAGUUCUUUGGGUUGGACACCUCAGUGAGAUCUUUUCCUCUGGAGCUCAUGGAAAAUGUGACGUCAGGAUGCUCGGGAGACAACGCCUGCAGUAGGAACCCGUGUCUAAACGGUGGACUGUGCUACUCCAUGUGGGAUGACUUCAGCUGCACCUGCCCCCUCCGGACAGCAGGGCGGCGCUGUGAGGAGGUCAGGUGGUGCGAGCUGUCCCCCUGCCCCAUGGAUGCAGAGUGCAGGAUGCUGAACCAGGGAUAUGAGUGCUACUCCAACGCGACCUUCCUGAAUGAAAGCACUGUGUUGUCCUAUCAAGGAAAUGGACAGAUAUCCAGAAAUCUAACAAACCUCUCUCUAAACCUGCGCACACGCAAGCGUAACGUCGCCAUCCUUCAUGCAGAGAGAGGCUCAUCAUUCGUCACCCUCUCUGUCCAGGAUGGUCUCCUCUUCCUGGAGCUUCAGGGCACAGAUGGAGGGAACAGAGAAGAAGAAAAAGAGGAGGGGGGCGAGUCGGUUGUGUCUACAGUCAGUCUGAGCAGCAGGAGGACUGUGAGUGACGGUGAGUGGCACAGCGUCCAGCUGUUCAUGGCGGCGCCUUGGGCUCUAACUUCCCGCUGGACUCUGGUGCUGGAUGAGGAAAUAGAAGAAGCAAGCACCUCCAGAAGGACAGGAGGCAACCUGGACUUCCUCAGGCAGGAUGUGGACAUUUUCGUAGGAGGCCUGGCUCCUAAUGCCGGCUGGUCCCUGGUUGGUUGUCUGGGCACAGUAGAGCUGGGUGGCAUCGCCCUGCCUUACUUCAGCUCCUCUAAUGUGAACCUCCCGCGCCUGCAAGAGGAGCAGUUCAUCCAGACGUCGCUGGAUCCGCCGCUACUCGGGUGUAGCGGGGCUCCAUUGUGCGAGUCCGACCCCUGUCUGAAUGGAGGGGAAUGCCAGGACCUCUUCAACACCUACAACUGCAGCUGUGCGGAGGGCUGGGCCGGGCGACGCUGCGAAUUCUACACCAACACCUGCGCCUCUAAUCCCUGCGUCCACGGAAACUGCAGCGUGAGCGGGAUGAGCUACGAGUGCACCUGUGAGUUUGGGUAUGCAGGUGUGCACUGUGACGAGGAGGUGGAUAUGUGUGACAGCCACCUGUGUGCCCAUGGAGGGACCUGUCUGCACGGGCCAGACAGGUACGCCUGCCUCUGCCCUGAGAACUACACAGGACCCCUCUGCAACGAUCGCAUUGAAGAAAUUCCGUGGUACAUUGUUGUCAGAAGUGUAAGGCCAAAGCUUCCUGUUUCUGUGUGUGGGGAUGACAUGAGAAACUACACCUGCUUCAAUGGAGGCAACUGCACCGACCGAGAGCUGUCAUGUGACUGCCCACCUGGCUUCACUGGACACAGGUGUGAACAGGAAAUUGACGAGUGCAAGUCCAACCCGUGUCUGAACGGAGGCUACUGCCGCAACCUCAUCAACAAGUUCGCGUGCGUGUGCGACAUGAGCUUCGCUGGAAACACGUGCCAGACGGACUUGACCUCCGGGGGUUUGUCCUCCGACCUCUUGCUGUCCGUCAGUCUUGCGUCUGUGGUCCUGCUGCUGGUGCUCAUCUUCACCUCCGUCGGCCUCGUGAUGACGCUCAACCGGCGAGCCACUCACGGCACCUACAGCCCCAGCCGGCAGGAGAAGGAGGGCUCUCGGGUGGAGAUGUGGAGCAUCAUCCAGCCCCCGCCUAUAGAGAGACUCAUAUGAGACGGAGUCAUGGACUGAUCUGUUGUUAUUAUAAGAAUGAAGGGCCUGUGAUAGAAGUACAGCACAUGUAGUCACUCAAAUUGGACAUGAUAAGAGAAGAGACUGCUGAACUCUCAUCUGUGCCUUCAUUCUAAUUUUCACCUGUCUCUCUUCGUUUGCAUGAGCAGGUGUGAGAUCUCCAGACACUUAUCAUAUUAUUUUAUCUACCCCAGGUUAUUUCAAUCUUCCUGAAAUGUUUCGCACCUUACUUCAGCAUCCAGCAGCCCAUCUUCAUCUAAAUGAAGAGAUGGAUGGAACAGCUGAACAGAAUAUCUGGAAAACAGAUAAGAAAUGGUCUUAAUUUGUUAUUUGAAAACAAGAGAAAGGAGUUUAAAUGUUCUUCCUACUUUAAAGAAUGAGUCUGUGUUUGUCUUAUUGUGCACAAAUCCAAAAACAUGUUCCAUCAUCCCUCAUUUCUUCUCAUUUUUUUUAAAAGUGGGUCAUAAAUACGUUACUUUAUUAUUUUAGAGGCUCAGUGAUUUCCUCAGCACUGUUACUUUUAGCCAAUGUUACCCGAAACAGAUUAAACGAUGCCUAUUCAAGGACUAUUUUCAGACGUGGAUUAACACAAAUCUGGUGCUUAAGUGAUAUUUUUUACAGUAUUGGACGACAAUGGGGCUCUAUGGCACAAAUGAAUGACUGUAAGGCUUCAGCUGCAUGAACAAAUCUUUAAAGGAGGUGACAUAUGUUUUGUUUGGUUGAUUAAAGUCGAGGUAAUAAUCAAUUCAUGUGUAUCUGUUACAAGAACCUUCUUUCUAGCUCUCUGUAUUGCAUCAGAUAUGAUAUUUUUAUUGAUACAGGGAGGAUGUUUCAAAGUGUAGCUCCUCAGGAUGUACAGGAUAAGCUCAGGAUAGUUCAGGAUAAGGGUUAGAAUCACUUUAGGUUAAGUUGCACUAGUUGAGAAUAGUUUCUUUUUUGUGGGUUUAGUCAGAAAAAGACUGCUGUGUAAUUUCAAAUGUACAUACUGUAAUGAUGAUUUGCUUAUAAUUUUUAAACUGUGAAUUUUCUUUCAACCUUUAAUUUGUGGCACUUGUACAAAGUAAAUGUGGUUAAUUUAAGAACAUGUAUUCAAGGUUUCUACUUGAAGAGUUGACGUAGCAUUUUUACAUCCCUGUUAGCCAAAUCAAUCAAUAAAUAAAUGCAUUGAUAUUCA